UGCUCUGAUGGUGAAUAAAGGCUCAAAGCAGUUGGACAUUGGUGGAUCUCGCAGCGAUCUAUUGGCAGCCUACCAGCAGCAUUCAUGUGUUCGUUGGAUGCAGCUCUGGGCCCAGUCCAUGGUGUCCGGUGUUGACUCCAGAAUUCCCACAAAUCGGUGAGCUUCAGUCCAAUGGCCGUGGGCGACAUCACUGUCAACACGGCCCGUGACGUCCGUGUGUUGGAUUCUGCGCCACGAUCUUGAUUUUUGUUUCGUCUCGUCUCUUCCUUCGCAGUUUGAUUCUCGUCUCACGAAGAGGCCGACGAUUCUUCGGGACGACAACGGCGAGAAGAGAAGAGAUGAUGGUUUGAUUUCGAAUCCAAGGGAAGGGAAGGGAAGGGGAAGAAAGCAGCAGCAAUCAUCGGCGAUGGAAAGUGCAGGCGAUCGACUGACCAGGAGCAUGUCCAGGCCACAGAGAUGAAGAGAGUCGAGCUCAAGCUGGGAAACGACAGACAGCUAUGGCCGCUGCUGCUGCUGCUUGCCGAAGCUGCACGGCGUUAGGUAGAAAGCGAUUCGUACGCGAGGAGGAGUCCGUAGACGGAAUGGGAAUGUGCCUCGGGGUCGUCUUUGUCUGCCAUGUGCGUGAGCUCUGCGGACUCUCGUCUCGUCGACGUGAUGCCGACGGAUGCGGAUAUGGGGCGUGAAUGAAUGUCCGGAGGCAAAGUGAAAGGCACGCGGCGAGGGGCGAGGGAAGGACGGGGAAGGACGCCGUGGAAUACGUUCUGUACAGGACGAGGACGAGGACGAGGGAGGAAAGCGAAGCAGCAGCAGCAACAAAGGAGGUCGAAUUGUACGAGGAAUGUACGAGAGCUACGUCCGUACGAAGCGGAGCAAAGGGACUGCAGCCGAUUUCUGACAUGCGUGGAAGCUUUGGUCAGCUUUCUUGACAUUUCCUCGAGGACGCCAACCGCAAAUCCAUCCAAAUUUGGCGAAGCUUGAUCUCUCCUCCAGAUUCUCUCGAGGUUUGGAUUUGGCCGCUCGAGAGAACGAGAGGGACGCGGGUCUCGUUGCGCCCAAAGUUGGCCGAACCGGAUGAAAAGUGUUCGCACUGCCCAAACAAGCCUCCGCUAAGAGACGGAGGGAUUCAUGAGGCUAUCGAGCUGGCAGAAGCAGUCGAGAUCGGAUCAUCGGAGGAAGCGGUUGCUUUGGGAGGUGCAGGCGGAGGAGGAGGAGGGCCAUUCGGUGAUUCUUAUCAGGAAUGCCUUCUCUGUUUGGAAAUGCACUGGAUUUGCAGAGCUGGGAGCACAAGGCGAGGGCCAGGAGAAAAAAUGCAGCAGCGAUGCUGCGUAGGAGACAACAGCUUCAGCGUCCUGGGCUGCAGUCCAAAAGGCCCUUCAAAUUUUCGUUCCGCAAUUUCGUCCUCGUGGUGUUGCUGCUCGGAGGAUUGACAAUUGCUCCUUCGGUCUACUUUUUUCUCACUGAGACCAAAAAUCACGACUGCGAUUGGCUGCGAAGACCUCCAAUGGUCUGCGCUCAUGGAGGGGAUUCGUCCGGUGCACCUCCAAAUACUCUUGCAGCUUACCAGCUUGCGCUAGAUGCGGAAGUAGAUUGCGUUGAGGUCGAUGCAUCUCGCACACGAGAUGGAAUUUUACUUGCUAUCCAUGACAGGGAGCUUGCGAUUAUGAGUGAUCACCCUGGUGCUCGAGUUGGGAACUUCACAGCAAAUCAGAUCAAACAAUUUGAUGCCAGCUGGGGCUCUCACCACAAUGUUCAGAAGCAACAAGUCCCAAGCUUAGAUGAUGCGCUGCAGUUCAUGCGGAAACAUGUCAAACAAAUUAUUGUUGAUGCCAAAGUAGGACCUCCAUUAUACGAACAAAGACUUACCAAAGAUAUUCUUACUGUGAUAAAGAGAAGCGAGUGCAGCAACUGCGUGGUGUGGGCGAAGAAUGAUGGUUUUGUAGCUGAUAUAACUCGUCACACGACAAAGACCAAGUAUGUGCAGACAGGUUACAUUGUCAUGAAUGACACAACGACAGGUAAAGUUUCUGAGCUCGUGCGGUUGAAGGGCGCGGAGGUGGUGGGGAUUUACCAUGGUCUCGUCAACUCCAAAGUUGUACGUUACCUGCACAGAAAUGGAAGGAAGGCCUAUGCUUGGACUGUAGAUACAGCGGAGGCGAUGAGCGAUAUGCUGAAGGCCAAUGUGGAUGCAAUUAUAACCUGCAACCCCAGGUUGUUGCAGCAAGUAAUGGAGAACGAGCGACAGGCCUGCAAAGAGGAGAGUUUUGGUAUCAACUGAACAUACUAGAUAUUGUAUCAUAAUAAAGUGGAUCAACAGGAAGUAAUAGUGUACUAGGAAAGGGUUUUUAUACAUGUUAUGUUCUUUAUUAUUCAAAAGCAAUUUAUUACAGGCGCAUUCAACUCAUGUUCGGAACCAUGAAUAUCAUAUAUGGGAAAUGUUUCCGUUCGUGAGAAUAAUUACAUAG